AUGAACCGACGGGCCUACUGUAGGAGCGCCAGGUCGGGGGCCCAAAUCCGGGAGGGAAGAUGGGGCUGCCUUGCCCAGGACGCUUGGAGAUCCCUGGCGGCCACCCCCGGAUUUUCCCGGGCUGCGAGGCGGGGAGCCGCCCCCGCUCGGGUUUUCCGCAGCGGAGCUGAGAGCCAGGGACGCGCGGCAGAAGCCGGAGUUGGCCGGGCCCGCGGGCGGAGACGAGGGAGGGGGGCGCGGGCUGCUCCUUGGCGCAUCCUCGGCUGCGGGGCUCCGGCCGCCGGCGCCCUCUUGGCCAGCUUGCGGGUCCCGGUCCUCGGGAGGUGUGGGGCCCCCGGCAGCGGCGUCUCCAGGUUCCAACGCUGGAACCCGUGGCGAAAGCCCCAGGAAGGAGGCCCUGUUACCCUACUCACUCCCCAUUCGCACCCCCGAAGCUCAAAGCAGGACACCCCAUCCCUGCCUCCGACAAGAGCGCUAAAGGCCCAGGGCCUAGCAUGGAGCCCCGGUGUCUUCCGCGUCCAAAGCCUGGUGUUCACAGAGGGAAACUGCGGCCCGGAGAGGCGGAGGGGCCUGCCGGGGUCACAGGCCACACAGGACGGGGGCUCCACUAGGACCCAACGCUGGGCACUUCUCGGCACAGCCCCAGGAGCGUCCUGGGAGGAGGCGAGGCCCGUUUGCUCCUGGCCUCUGAGUGUGUGGAGCCCUUUCCCCAGCCCCAAACUGGAGAAAUUGACCACCCCGCCCCAGGCCAGAGCCGGCGCUCCGGCCCCAGCUCCGGAAAGGUGACCCCUGAGCCCCCGCGGGCCCCGGCGGAGAGGGAAGCGGAGGCGUGCAGAGAUGGGGACAUGCUCAGGGACCCUGAGACUUUGGAGGGCGUGAGUCGACGCUGGGGACCCCGGAGAGGCAGAAACUUCGAGACACAGUCCGAAGGUCCCAUGUCGCAGGAAGUUGCUCGGGGCCGGAUCCCCGACAUUCCGGGGUCCCGCCUCUGCGCGCGUCCACACUCGGGCCCCGGGGAAAGGGGGAACCCGGCUCCUGCCCCACCAGGGCCUAUCUGGAGGGAGAGGCCAAGAAAAAGUUGGGGAAAGUAGGGGUGGGCGAAUCCCAGGU